AUGGCCAAGGGAAAUGAAGGCUCGGCGAAGGGCUCAUGGAAAAAGCAAGUCGAUGACAUCAAGAAGAUUUUCGAGUUGAAGGAGAUUCUCGGGACUGGCGCUUUCUCCGAAGUGGUUCUUGCGCAAGAAAGGGCCACAGGGAAGACGUAUGCGGUCAAAUGCAUUCCGAAGAAAGCUCUAAAAGGGAAAGAGAGCAGCAUUGAGAACGAAAUUGCUGUACUCAGGAAGAUCAAGCAUGAAAACAUUGUUGCACUCGAGGACAUCUAUGAAAGCCCUAACCAUCUGUACCUCGUCAUGCAGCUUGUGUCUGGAGGAGAAUUGUUUGAUCGAAUUGUGGAGAAGGGUUUUUACACUGAGAAAGAUGCCAGCGCUUUGAUCAAACAAGUUCUGGAUGCAGUCAACUACCUCCACUCACUGGGUAUAGUCCACAGAGAUCUGAAGCCAGAGAAUUUGUUAUAUUUCAACCCUCAUGAUGAGUCUAAAAUAAUGAUUAGUGACUUUGGCCUGUCAAAGAUGGAGGGAACAGCAAAUGACAUCAUGUCCACUGCCUGUGGGACUCCAGGAUAUGUUGCCCCAGAGGUCCUAGCACAGAAGCCCUACAGUAAAGCAGUAGACUGUUGGUCUAUUGGAGUUAUUUCUUAUAUAUUGUUAUGCGGCUAUCCUCCUUUUUACGAUGAGAAUGAUUCCAAACUAUUUGAACAGAUCCUUAAGGCUGAGUAUGAAUUCGAUUCACCCUACUGGGAUGAUAUCUCAGACUCAGCUAAAGAUUUCAUCAGUAAUCUGAUGCAGAAGGAUCCAGAGAAGAGGUUCACAUGUGAGGAGGCUCUUCGGCAUCCCUGGAUAGCUGGAGACACAGCUCUUUGUAAGAACAUUCAUGAGUCAGUCAGCCGGCAAAUGAAGAAGAACUUUGCCAAAGCCAAAUGGAGGCAAGCGUUUAAUGCUACAGCAGUGAUCCGACAUAUGAAGCGCCUGCAGCUGGGCAGCAGUUUAGGCAGCAGCAUGGACACCCCCUUGCACAGGACUGAAAACCAAGCACCCAUGCCUGUCAAAAGCCAGUCUAUUGAUGUCUCUUCCAUCAACCACAAGGACUGUAAGUUAACGUAUGCGUCCCAUAGAGUCUCGAACACAGGGACGACGGAGAAGCGAUGCACGCGGCCUUCCACCGUCACUACCAUCAUCACUGGGUCCAAGUGA